AUGAGUUACCGGGUCCCCAUCCUCCUCUGUGCGAUAGCUGGGUCAUGCUUACCUUCCGGCUUCGCUUCCUCCGUUGACGUUUGCGAUCAUCAUGAUGAAUUCGAGGUCUUCCGAUGCGGAAUCGAGAAUAAAUGUCAUCACUCUCUUUAUCCCAGACCGGUGGAUGGAGACUUGCUAGACAAUUCAAACCAUGUAAAUGCUUAUACUUCCAUACUAUUUUAUACCUCCAGGUGCCCGUUUUCACGUGCAGUUCGCCCCAAGUUUGAUGUUCUGAGCUCAAUGUUCCCCCACAUAAGGCACCUGGUUGUUGAGCAAUCUCAGGCUUUACCAUCUGUCUUUUCUAGGUAUGGUAUCCAUAGCUUGCCUUCAAUCCUCAUGGUGAAUCAAACAUUCAGGAUCCGAUACCAUGGACAGAAGGAUCUUACAUCCUUUAUUCAGUUUUACGAACUAACAACAGGUCUUAAACCUGUCCAGUAUGUGGAUGAAGGUGAACCAACGAGCUAUGACACCCAUGGUAAUCUGAUCACAUGGCUACACAGCGGGUCAUCUAUCAAGGAAAUAACUGAAAGAGAUCCAUAUUUGGUACUUGCACUGAUGUUUCUGUCUUUGAAACUGGCAAUUUUGAUCUUCCCCAUCAUGGGAGCGCGCUUGCAAACGUUGUGGGCAUCUUAUGCUCCGCAUCUGAGCUUGGGAAUACUCGGUGAAACUAGCCAGCUGUUUGGCCGUGCCAUGCACAUGAUCGAUGUGAGGAGGCUUUGGAUUAAACUGAGACUAGCGAAAACCAGGAACUUCCAAGAGAGAGCAAAGAACGCACUUGCAUCGGUCUCGCUAGGAAAAUCUACUUCACAAUCUGGGUGA